AAGCGGCAACAGUUUUAUGACCACUGCGGAGCGCGUCUUUAUGCACGUGCAUAAAUAUUUCAAUUCAAAUUGAAGUCUGUAGUGCAGCAUUAAGUGGUAUGAAAGUAACGAAUUUAUACACCUCGGUGGCCUGUAACCGCACCACAGAAUGCGCCGAUUGGGGACCCAGUGGCUUAAUUGCAUACGGUGCCUGCAACGCAGUUGCCGUGCUCGAUCCGCGCUACAAUGGCAAUUCAGCUAAGAUAUUGUAUACCUUGGUGGAGCACACAAAGCGCGUGAAUAUAGUGCGAUGGCUGGAUGCGCAGUAUUUGCUGUCGGGCGCCGAUGAUGGCAACGCAGUUUUAUGGCAACUGGAUAGGGAUAGCGCCAAAGAUAAAAUAUUACUGAAAGGCCACACGAGUGGCGUGAAUGCGAUGGAUGGUGUUCUGUGUCCUAACGGCAUUUGGUUACUGGCCACAGCUGCGGCUGACAACAGUCUUAAGCUGUGGCACCUGCAGGCAGAUAAACAAGUCAGUUGCUUUCAAACUGUGCAGUUGGAUGGCGGCUUUUGCUUGACUCUGCGCCUCACUCUGCUCCCCAAAACAGAACAGGUGUUGCUCGCCUUCAGCACUGAUGACGAAACUGUUGCCCUAUGGGCAGAGCAGUCUGCAGCCAGUGGCGAUGCGAAUGCCGGCCAGUUCAAGUGCGCUCACAAGCUAAGCGGCCAUGAGGAUUGGGUGCGUGGCCUGGACUUUGUCUACGAUGGCGAUGACUUACUGUUAGCCAGCGGCUCACAGGACAAUUUCAUACGCCUCUGGCGCAUAGCGGCACGAGGCACUGAUAAACCUGUACAAAAGAACAUACUGGAUGUAUUGAAUGAUAACGACGAGCUGCGCGUCGAGGAGAAGCUACUGCAACUCGGCGGAGAGACUUGGUAUGCGGUUAGUCUGGAGUCAGUGCUCUAUGGCCACGAGGGCUGGGUCUAUGGCGUGCACUGGCAUAAAAAUGAAAAGCAGGAACUGCGUCUGCUAUCCGCCUCCAUAGACAAAACUGUCAUAGUCUGGGCGCCUACGGAUGUGGGCGUUUGGCUGGAACAGGUGCGCGUCGGUGAAGUGGGCGGCAACUCGAUGGGCUUCUAUGGCGGCAAAUUCGCACAUGACGGUCGCUCGAUUAUGGCGCACAGCUACCAGGGCGGCUUUCACAUAUGGAACCAGAGUCAGGAGCAGUCGCACUUGUGGACCUCGAAUGUUAUUGUGGGCGGCCAUUAUAGUCAAGUGCGUGACUUGGCCUGGGAGCACGAGGGCACCUAUUUAAUGACUGUCUCAGCGGAUCAGACGACUCGGCUGCAUGCGCCCUGGGUCCAGGCCGAUAAGCCAACAACUACCUGGCAUGAGCUCGCACGCCCGCAGGUGCAUGGCUAUGAUAUGCAAGCGCUGGCUUUGCUCUCACGCUACAAAUUCGCGAGCGGAGCUGAGGAGAAAAUAGUACGUACAUUCCAGGCGACAGCGAAUUUCAUUGAGAACUUUCGACACAUCAGUGGAUUGGCCAAUGAUGCAGCAGGCGAUGCUCUGCUGGAAUCUCUGCCAAAAGGCGCAUCGGUACCGUCGCUGGGGCUAUCCAAUAAGGCAGUGUAUAAAGUGGACACAGCUACUGAGGCGACGACUACAAGGAAGGAAGAAUAUCCGGAGAACUACUUUGUGCCUAUUACACUGCAAACGCCGCCACAGGAGGAGACCUUGAUGCAGAACACCCUGUGGCCGGAAUUGCAAAAGCUGUACGGACAUGGCUAUGAGAUCUAUGCGCUGGCAGCGACAGCUGAUGGCCAGCUGCUCGCAUCCACCUGCCGGGCCAGCAAUGCAGAGCAUGCACAGAUUAUACUCUGGAAUACGUCCAACUGGAAGCAGCUGCAGAAGCUGCCUGGUCAUCAGUUGACCGUCACCCAACUGCGUUUCUCCCCAGAUGGGCGUUAUUUGCUCUCGGUUUCCCGCGAUCGUCGUUGGUUCCUCUACGAGCGACAGCAGACCGACGAGCCCCUCGACAGUUAUGUGCCGGUGGCUAAUACGGACAACAGCAAUGGAGUGCAUACGCGCAUCAUUUGGUCAUGCGACUGGUCGCACGAUGGCAAAUAUUUUGUGACGAGUUCGCGUGAGGGUAAAGUCGUGGCCUGGACAAGAACAAAGGAGCAGGAGUCAGAGCCUAGCUCGCUGAAUGGCUGGCAGGCAGCUGCCAUGCUCGAGCUCAAGCAGGAAUCUAUCACAGCUGUUAGCUUUGCGCACAGCUUUCUGGACCAGCAGGAUGGCGUUUAUGUCCUGGCACUGGGCACAGAGCGAGGCAUCAUCAAGAUCUAUCAACUGCACAAGGGCCAAUGGCAGCUGCGCUGCGAUCUGGACAAGAACCUUGCCCAUCACUUGACCGUCAAGCGGCUACAGUUCCGACCGGGUCAACAGCAGCUGCAGCUGGCCAGCUGCGGGGAGGAUCACUUGGUGCGGAUCUAUGACAUUUCAUUAACAUAAAAUUGAAACUUGGCAGCAAUCAGUAAAGAGUCAACAGUGAAGAGUGA